AUGGUCCUAUACAACUUGUCGUCGUGGAAGUGCAUGAAACCAGAGUUUUUAAUAUUGUCACUAUUGAUUCUAGGUCCUACCUCACGAGGAAAAGAUAUUGAUGUGUAUAUGAGGCCUCUAGUUGAUGAGUUGAAAGAAUUGUGGGAGGACGGUGUGGAGACGCAAGAUGCAUACAAUAAUUCAUUAUUUAGUAUGCGUGCUUCGAUCCUGUGGACUAUUAAUGAUUUUCCAGCUUAUGCUAUGAUGUCUGGUUGGAGUACAAAAGGAUAUAAUGCAUGCCCGACGUGUAACGAGCAAACUCCUUCAGUAGGAAUCCAAAGUAAAAUUGCAUAUAUUGGGUAUAGAAGAUUUCUUGAUGAGGAUCAUGAAUGGAGGAAUAAACCUAAACUUUUUGGCGGUAGCAAUGAUCUCCGACCUCCACCCAAAGACUACUUGGUGGAUGACAUCGUGGAUCAAAUGGAAAAUAUUCAAAUUCGACAACCAGGGAAACACGAAGAAUAUGGGGGUGUGAAGUGUAAGCAGUCUCCGUCUAAUCUUAAUUGUAUCGAUGGAAAAUCGAAAGAUACAGAUAAGGCAAGACUUGAUCUAGCUGAUAUGAAAAUUAGGAGUAAUCUUCAUUUUUAUAAGGAUGGGAACAAGUGGAAGAAACCCCCUUUGUCUUUCACACUCAGUGUCGGGGAGCGACGUCAAUUUCGUUAUUUUGUGAAAUCAGUUAAAUUUCCAGAUAGUUUUGUGGCAAACUUAUCGAAGAAUGUAAACGUUCUUGAUGGUAAGAUUUCAGGGCUCAAAUCACACGAUUGUCAUGUAUUAUUUCAACGGUCGUUGCCAGCUGGCAUCCGACCAUUUUUGGGAACAGAAGUUCGGAAGGCCAUUACUGAGUUGUGCCUAUUUUUCAAGCAACUAUGUUCUUGGACUGUGAAUGUUAAAGAUCUCAAGAAGAUGCAAAAUUAUAUUAUAAUUAUCUUGUGCAAAUUAGAGAUGACUUUUCCUCUUGCAUUUUUUGAUGAAAUGGUGCACUUAGUUAUUCAUCUUCUGAAAGAGACAACUCUUGGUGGCCCUGUGCACUUUAGGUGGAUGUACCCACUUGAACGGUCUAUGGCGGUGUACAAACGAUAUGUUCGAAGUUGUGCACAUCUCGAAGGGUCAAUUGCUAAAGCUUACGUCGUGAAUGAGGCAUUAACUUUUUGCUCAAUGUACUUUCGAGGAACAGUUACUUUGAUGGAAUCAUGGUUGAAGAGAAAAGUUGAAUGGUACAUCUUGAACAAUUAUACUGAAAUCGAGGAUUAUAUGAAUGAGCAUACGAAUGAGUUGGAAAGAGAAAGUAGUUUGAAUCUGCAACAUAAACAAGAAGUUGAGUUUCCUAAGUGGUUCAAAACUCGAAACAAUCAACUACAACAGUUAACGCCUUCAGAGGUAUCCGAUGAAUUAUAUGCUCUUGCAAACAAAAACAAUGGUUUUAUGGUCCUAAGUGUUGAUGAUGUCACUUAUUAUGGGGUGUUGGAUGAAAGAAUUGAAUUUUCGUACAUGAUGGGCUGCAGCAUUGUGCUUCUUAAGUGUAAUUGGUUUGACACAACUCGAACAAUAGAAGAUCCAAUUUUCACAAGCGUUUACGUCAAGGAUGAAUGUUACAAGGCUGAUCCUUUUAUACUUGCAUCCCAAGCAAAAUUGUUAUGGGUAGAGCUUCCAAUAUUAGACAAUGUUCAAUAUAACCGUUAUGAUGUCAAUCCAACUGAAGUACGAGAUUUUAAUGGGUUAGGUGGCACAACCUCUAAUAACUUUAUUGUUGAUGAUGAUGAAUCUGAUGAAGAGGGUUUAUCCGACAGUGGAGAUGAUGAAGAACAUUUACUUGUUGACAGUGAUAGCGAUGAUGAUCAUGAUGUAGUUGAUGUUGAUGAUGAGAAUGAGGAUGAGGAUGAUGACUUGUAA